UCAUCUUUUUAUCGAUUGUUUUACACUCACCGGAGAAGACUUCACCUCCAUUUAGACACCCCUGAAGAAGAGCAUCCCCAACUCCUUAUUGAUAAAUUCAACUUCUGUUGUACCAUCUUCGACUUCACUUGCUUCGAUCCCACACAACUAGCCGGCAAGAAGGCAAAGACAGCAGCAUUGAAAGAGAUCAGCGCGUACCUCUUUGAAUCACCGGCCUCAAGUAUAACCUCAGAGGAGGAGGUCUAUGCCGCCUGUAUCCGACUAUUUGCCACCAAUAUCUUCCGUCCACUUCCACCACCUUCCGCCAGGUCUCUAGCUUCCGCGAGACAUCCUUAUGAAUCGCCAGAAAGUGCUGAUGAGGAAGAUGUACUGGAACCUGCUUGGCCCCAUCUUGAGCUUGUAUACGAAAUAUUUUUGCGUUUCCUUUCCCUUCUGGACAUUAAAACCCUCUUUCUCAAGAAGUACAUUGACCAAACAUUCAUUCUCAACCUCCUCACCAACUUUGACACCGAAUAUCGUCAAGAGCGCGCCUGUGCCAAAAUGAUUCUUCACAAAAUUUACACAAAAGUGAUCCAACUGCGAAACUUCAUUCGUAAUCAGAUGAUUAUCACUUUCCAAAGCUUUGUUUACGAGUCGGAACAGUUCAACGGUAUUGGCGAGCUGUUGGAGAUAUUUGGAAGUAUUGUAAGCGGUUAUCAAGUCCCACUGAAGCCCGAACAAAUUAGGAGUUUACGAAAGGAGAUCCUGCCACUUCACAAACCCUGGUCAAUUUCAACUUACCACCCUCAACUCACCUACUGCAUUGUACAGUUCCUUGAAAAGGACACCAGCCUCCUGCAAUACGUCGUGAACGAAGGAAUUUUGCGAUUUUGGCCAAAGACGCAUAGCGCUAAAGCGGUGAUGUUCUUGAACGAGCUGGAAGAAUGCUUGGAAAUGGCGACUGAGGCCGACUUUGAGACAGUAAUGAUUCCCGUCUUCAAACGCUUGGCCUCUGGUUACACCAACACACAUUUUCAGGUAUGCAGCAGGCCCGUAGCUAUUUACGAUGUGUUUAUGUGCUAUAUGUUAGUAACUAUUUCACGCCUUGAUUAUACCGCCUCCAAGGGGGUUUAA